AUGGGCAUUCCUUCAUUCAAGAAUGGGAUGAUGUUUGUCGGCUGGCGCCACCGUGAUUGGAAACACGUCUACUACAAGCCUUACCAAGGAGAAGAAGGCGAAAUCGAAAUCGACAGCAUGAGCCUCACUCCUAGCCUGUACUUCACUAAUCCCGAGGGUGAGAAUGACACUAUGAUGAUGGAGGGAGAAGUCUACUUCCUACCGCAUUUCGCUUUCGAAUAUUGCGAAGCAAAGACGAAGUGGGAAAAGAAGGCGAUGCAGCUUCGUCACCUCGUUGCCGCCUAUAACCUUUACAUCCAGGAUGAUCCCGAGACCUACAAACAAGCGAUGGAGUCAGCGGCGGAUCCAGACUGGCGACGAUGGACUUCGAUCAUGAGCGACAUCAAGCGACACAAAGAUCCACUUAUGAAGAGGAAGGAGUCCAAUCGACGAAAGAGAGUAGCUAAGGUGCAGAAGUUGAGAGCAGCUGGCGUGCCAGAGAGCGAGUUGGACAACCAUUUGUCCAGUGACGCUGACUCUGACUCCGGCUUCGAAUCAGACGACGACCAAGGCGACGUUUGCAUGCAUAGCCGUCGGUCGAAGCCCGGACCCAUGAAACCGCCACCGACGCCGAAGAGACGUAACAACGGUGGCAACGACCCUACUCCAAAGAAGAAAAGGAAGCCGGCUCCUCCACAACCCUCUGAGGAUCUCCAAAUGAGCGGCACUUUGAAUGACCUGGGCGACAUUGCCAGAGCCAGAGCCAGAGCCAGAGACAGAAGCUCUAGUUUCAGGGGCGUCGUGAACAAGGAUGGUAGGAAUGACUCCAUCGAUUACGAUCCCAGCCCACCUGAGCGGGUUACGAGUUCCAGUGCGCCUUCUAGCUCCGGUUCUAGCUCACAUGGGCCUGAUAGGGGCAGUGGUAGUGGCUUGUUUGUCUCACCAGCGGGUGAUGACAGCGUCGAUGACCGCCGCAACUACGAGAAGGACUGCCGCAACAGAUUGAGUGGCUAUAUGCAGCCCACGGUUGAAGACUACGACGGUAGCGUCGACGAUCACGACGCCAUCAGGUGGAAUGGCACCAUGUCAGAGAGAGAUGCGCCCAAACAAGCUCCUCGUGCCUCGAACCAGCCGGAGAUCCAGCCUCAGGAGUAUGAUGUUGUUGAGCUCGAGCAGGCUAGGCAAGCAUCGCUGCAACCGGAGUUCCUGCCCCAGGAGGAUGAUGAUGAGGACUUCGAGCAGGCUAUGCAAGCAUCGCUGCAACCGGAGUUCCAGCCUCGGGAGGAUGUGGUACAGAGUACCGAGAACGAGGACGGAUUGAGUGAGGGAAACCCUGGAGCUUGGCGUAGAGCUUCUUCGGUUUCCCGACUGAGGGGUGGCAGUGGCAGGAACAGGUCGGUCGCGAGUGACAGGGGCGGAUCCGUUACGGGCAACAGGAGCGGGUCGACUAUGAGCGACCGAUGA